AUGGCGGCGUCGGCGGCGGUGCAGCUGCUGGGCUUGUCGCUGAGCGUGGUGGGCUGGGCCGGCGUGAUCCUGGUGGCCGGCUUGCCCAUGUGGCGCGUGACGGCCUUCAUGGAGGCCAACAUCGUGGUGGCGCAGACCACGUGGGAGGGCCUGUGGAUGUCGUGCGUGGUGCAGAGCACGGGCCAGAUGCAGUGCAAGGUGCACGACUCCGUCCUGGCGCUGAGCGGCGAGCUGCAGGCCGGCCGGACGCUGAUGGUGAUGGGCGCGCUGCUGGGCCUGGUGGCGCUGCUGGUGACCGUGGUGGGCGCGCAGUGCACCACCUGCCUGCGCGGCGGCCGCCUCAAGGACUGGGUGGCGGCGGCGGGCGGCGCGCUCUUCGUGGCCUGCGGCCUGCUGGUGCUGGUGCCGCCCUGCUGGUUCGCGCACAACAUCAUCGCCAACUUCUACGACCCCAACGUGCCGCAGUCGCAGAAGCGCGAGAUGGGCGCCGCCCUCUACCUCGGCUGGGCCACCGCCGCCCUGCUGCUGCUGGGCGGCGGGCUCAUCUGCGCCUCGGGCGUGUGCAAGGGCGAGCUCUCCGCCUUCCCCGUCAAGUACGCGGCCCCCCGGCGGCCCCCGACCGCCACCGCCGCCUCCAACGGCGACUACGACAAGAAGAACUACGUCUGAGGGCGCCGCUCCACGGCCGGAGGCAGGAACUCGGGGAAGGGGAGAGCGCAAGACGCCACGUUGCUUUGGGGAGGGGGGCUGGGUCGGUGGCCCC